ACCCAAGACGCAAAAAGAUCGACUCUUCGUCAGACUUUGAUUUGAACAGUUUCACCCCUAUUAGCCAUGUUCAUAGUGGGUCAUUGAAUCAGUACUACAAAACCCCUUUGUAAUUGAUGAUGGUCACCGGGAUGUGGGCAAAUGGGGGGCAAAGUUCACAGUCCGCAGCAAUUGAUCUCACAAUACACUAUGGGACAUGGGACGCCUCUACCGCAGAGGCAUGUAGUUCCUGUGCUUGGCCGAUUCCGACAUACCAAGCAAUUCUACUACACAUAAUUUUCACUCUAAUAUAUAAGGGCCGAGAUUCGUUAGGAUUUGACCUGGAGCCCUUUCUCCCGCCUUCUGACAUGGAGCUCCUCGAGUGCCUUGUUAGUUAACUUGUUUCAUAUGUCUGGAUCAGCAUUGAAGAGGUUAAACGGUUCAAUCUGACCUUGUACAAAGUUUAUGACAUGGUGAACAGACCAGCAGCCAGG